AUGUCAGCUCCCAUGUCACGCUGCGGUACCUGCAACGCCGUAUUUGACUCGAUUGAGGCCGUGCACAAGCACUACGAGUCGGAGUACCACCUGCACAACGUGCGUCUGCGUGUUGAGGGGCGGCGUCCAAUCACUGCACAGGAGUACAAACAUUUCCGCGUGGCGCAGCAAGAGGACGCCGAUGAAGAAGGGCGGCCGUCCUUUGCGUGCAAGCUGUGCAAGAAGACGUUCCGUUCCGUGCAGACCCUGCAGGCCCACGUUCGCUCCACUGCGCACUUGAUGAAGAAGGAGCAGCGUAUCCUCGCCCGCGACUCGGACGCGGCUAGUGCACUCACAUCGACCUCACUCGGCAGCGCGGCGAUGGGAUUGCACCGCCGCCACAAUGCAAAACGCGUGAAGCCGCCCAGUCCGUCGGCACGGCUCAAGAAGGCAGAAAAGGUGCAACUGGAGGAUCGCGAGGAGGACGUGAGCGAAUUGCGCUGCCUCUUCUGCGGCGCCCUUGCCGAUGGCAUUGAGGAAAAUCUGCAUCACAUGAGCACUAUUCACGAAUUCACGUUGCCGCUAUUGCACAGGUGCAGUGAUGUGGCUGGACUAUUGGCAUACAUUGCCCGGAAAGUAAACGGUCUUCUUUGUCUCGUGUGUGGAGAAAAGACAAAGGCGUUUUCCUCUCUGGAGGCGUUGCGGGCACAUAUGCGGGAGAAGAACCACGAACGAAUCAUACUGGGACCGGAGUACGAUGGGUUCUAUAGCAUCAGUCUUGCGGACGCGGCCCUGGGCGAGCGGUUAGACCCGAGCACAAUGACGUUGGUGCUUCACGACACGAAGCGAAGUGUGCAGCGGCGAGAGGCAGAGGUGCCACUGCCAAGAAAGAAGGAAAGUGAGGCACACGCCGAAAAACGCCGAGCCAUUCUGGCAGCAGACCAGGAGGCCCUCGCGGUGGCACGGAGAGAACGACAGGAGGCAUUGAGUGUGCAGAACAAGGAGGCGCAAAAGAUAUUGAAGCGACAGGAAGGUCACCACCAGGGCCAGCAGCUCAAGGUAAAUUUGCGAAGCAACAAACUGCAUCCGAAGGGCUAUGACGGUGAAGGUCAGGUGAACUAA